GCGGAACCCGAGCAGUUGGUCGUCGUCCCUCAACCGUGAUCAUGAUGUUCAGGGGAGCCCUCCUGGUGUUGCAAGCCCUGCAGCUUGCUGGUGCCCUGGACCUGCCAGCUGGGUCCUGCGCCUUUGAAGAGGACACUUGCGCCUUUGACUCGGAGUUGGCAUUCCAGCCGUGGAUUCUAAACGAAGAAGGCCACUACAUUUAUAUAGACACCUCAUUUGCCAAGCAAGAAGAGAAGGCCGUGCUGCUGAGCUCCGAUUUACAGGCCGAGGAAUGGAGCUGUCUUCGCUUGAUCUACCAGAUAACCACAUCUGCAGACUCUCGAGCAGAUCCCAGCAGGUUGAACCUCUAUGUGCGAUUUGAAGAGAAGAGCUUUGACCACUUGCUUUGGUCCACUAAGGAAGCUUCGGAGAGCUGGCUCAUAGCCAGCCUGGAUUUGCAAAACAAUCCCAAGAAAUUCAAGAUUUUAAUAGAAGGUGUCCUAGGCCAGGGCAACAAAGCCAGCAUCGCAGUCUUUGAAAUCAAGAUGACCACCGGCUACUGUAUUGAAUGUGACUUUGAGGAAAACCAUCUCUGCGGUUUUGUGAACCACUGGAAUCCCAAUGUGAACUGGUUCAUCGGAGGAGGAAAUGUCCGGAACUCGCCCCCCAUCCUUCCCCAGGACCACACGUUUAAGAGUGAAUUGGGUCACUACAUGUACGUGAACUCGAUUUAUGUCCAGCACUUCCAGGAGGUGGCUCAGCUCAUCUCCCCCAGGACCAUAGCGCCCAUGUCCGGCUGCCUGUCGUUUUACUAUCAGCUCCAGCGAGGCAAUGAGCAGGUGUUUUCCCUCUACACUCGGGAUGGCACUGGUGUCUACGAGGAGAUCUGGAAAAUGAGCCAUCCAGGAAGCUCGGCCUGGAACCUUGCGGAGGUGGAGUUCAGUGCCCCAUAUCCCAUGGAGCUGAUUUUCGAAGUUGCUUUCAAUGGUCCCAAAGGAGGGUAUGUGGCCCUGGAUGAUAUUUCUUUUUCUCCGGUUCAUUGCCAGAAUCAGACAGGGUCUUACUUGAUGGCCAACACCAAGUUCACAUCUCAGCCUGGCUACAUUGGAAGGCUCUACGGACCCUCCCUGCCAGGAAACUUGCAGUAUUGUUUGCGUUUUUACUACGCCAUCUACGGGUUCUUAAAAAUGAGUGACACCCUGGCAGUUUACCUCUUCGAAGAGAAUCAUGUGGUUCAAGAGAAGAUCUGGUCUGUGCUGGAAUCCCCCAGGGGUGUUUGGCUGCAAGCAGAGAUCACCUUUAAGAAGCCCAUGCCUGCCAAGGUAGUUUUCAUGAGCCUGUGUAAGAGUUUUUGGGACUGUGGGCUUGUAGCCCUGGAUGACAUUACGAUACAACUUGGAAGCUGCUCAUCUCCAGAAGGGCUUCCAGCUCCACCUGGAGAGUGUACGUUUGAACAAGAUGAAUGUGCCUUUACCCAGGAGAGAAGAAACCGGAGCAGCUGGCACCGGAAAAGGGGAGAGACUCCCACCUCCUACACGGGACCCAAGGGAGAUCACACGACUGGGGUAGGCUACUACAUGUACAUCGAGGCCUCCAACAUGGUGUAUGGGCAAAAAGCACGCCUCCUGUCCAUGCCUCUGCGAGGGGCCGCGGGGAAACACUGCCUGACCUUUUUCCACCACAUGUACGGGACGGGAACCGGCCUGUUGAGUAUCUAUUUGAGAAGGAAAGGUGACCGUGGGGAGUCUCUCUUGUGGAAGAGGAGGGGGGAGCAGAGCAUUUCCUGGCUCCGUGUGCUGCUCGAAUACAGCUGUGACAGGCAACACCAGAUCAUUUUUGAAGCCACUCGUGGGAUAUCAAUAAGAAGCGAUAUUGCGAUCGAUGAUGUUAAAUUUCAGGCAGGACCCUGCGCAGAUAUGGAAGACUCAGCUCAGCAAUCAUCAGGAGAUGCGGAGGAUUUAAAUGAAAUUGAGUAUUAAGAAUUGAAUUAACUAAGUCAAUAGACGCGUACCUCGCUUCAAUCAAAAUGACAACAAGAUGAACGAAUAGUGGGCAAUUGGAACAAUUCCCUAAGUUAUAAAAUGACUUGGGAGCACCCUUCUUCGAUAUUUUUGCAAGAAUACUGACUCAGGGCUUUUUUUUUGGCACAUGACAACUGUUACUAGAAGUGCAGGCUAUUGGUUUUGCGUAGAUCAUUCAUCUUUAUGAUUGUUCCCGUUAAAAAUACAACUGUACUAUAGUGUAGUCAUUGUAAAGGAUGCAAGUCAAGGGCACAAUCAGAUUGACAGGUGCUUACUUUAGUCUGCAUUCAGUGAAUGUAUUGGGAGGAGAAUCGCUCUUGUGGGUUUCCAUUUGCAUUCCAGGCAUCAUAAGUCAUUCUAAAGUGUCCGUAGUAUCCGCGGAUUGUGUGCAGAGUUUUUUUUUUUUAUGGUAACAAGUCAGUUUAGGAAAAUAAAGUCUUAUUUUCUAUGGUUUUUCAUAGAAAGGGAAUAUUAAUGACAGUGUAAGUCAGUAUUAAUGAAUGCUGCAUUACAAGCUAAUGCUACCCUCUUAUCCCUCCUUUGAGCCACUUUUGAGAGUCACAAUAAACUCACGGAUAGAAGUUGUACCUUUUUUUGGUAGAGCGAGUUUGGAAAUGAUUAUGCAUGCACAUCCAACGAUUUUUAAAUGUUCAACAACAUUGCUGGUUUUUCUAUAAUAAAUGUUUUGGUAAAGUUUAGAGAAACAUGACUUCAAGAAGCCUCUAAACUACCACUUUCUGCUUACAUUUUUAGAGACUUGUAAGUACAUUUUUGUGAACCAAGACAACUCUUACGAAAUUUUAAAAAUUACUUAAUAAAAAGAAGCUUGAAAUACC